UGGACCGGUAUAAGUGGAAUCCUAUUUUCUUUCAAAAUCAUUCAAACGUCAACUGAUGAAAACAUGAGGGCUGGACAUGGGUGAUGGAUGAAUGAAGCUAGUAUUCUUCAAUUCUCGUUCUUAGGUUUGAGUCUAUUGGUUAAUAUUGUUCUCUCGCGAUACUAAUGUAACCAAUUGCAGCGCAGCGGCGCCACUUCAAAUCGAAAGUUUUUUUCCGGCAGAGCCAGUACACCCAUGAGCCAGUCAGGCGACCUGUUUUGAGUUGUGGUAUUGCUGUUACGGGGGGAUUUUCCUCGCAUUUUAUAACAAAGGAGCAGAGCAGGAAAUCUCCAUUGAUUUAACCGCUGAUUGAAGCUUCACAAUGGACAACGUCGCGGUUUCAAGGAGAAAACACACCAAUAAGAAAGGAAACAAGGAGAAUGCUCAGCCUGCACAUGGAAGCAAGUCCGUCAUUAGAAGAGAGUUUUCUAAAACAACAUCCGCUGCUCUCCUCCAACUGAAAAGAAACGAAAAAGAGGAGUCUCUGGGGAAAAGCGGUCCUCUUAAAGCUACAGCCAAACAGGCAGACACAAGGUCAACGUCUGGUGAUGUUCUGAAAAAGAUCAAGUCUGUGCAGAGAGAUGGGAAAAUAGCUGCUGCUGGUGAUACCAAACAACGACAAACGCAUAGCCAGGCCUUCCUCACUGAACAGGCUGUGAAACACAGAAAAAUAGCUGCAGAAGCUCCAAAGCCACCAGCUGUUGUGCCAUCAUCGAAAUCUGCUCCCGGCGCGUACAAAGGCAAGAUUGUCCAGUCAAAGAUUGGAUCCAUUUGGAAGUCAAGUGCCAAAGCGGGUGGAGCAGAUCCAAAAGCACCCAAACCAGAGAGCCAAAGAGUUGGAAAUUUCACAAAAAACAGGUCCAAAUCUGUUGCUGACCUGCAUGGGCGUGGCACACUAAAACCUGCACCGACAAGGUCCAAGUCAGUGUCAGAUGGACUUGCGCAGGUGUCCAAGCCCACCAUCACCAGCCGUCCUCCUACUGCGUUCCGCUCCGCCCGCCCUCCUGCCAGAACCGUCCCAGCGACACUAACCAGUACCAGCUCCAGAAACACUACUGUGGCUCCCACCAAGAGAAGUGGGACUCAGAACUCAAAGCCAAAUAUUUCAGUGACAGACAAGAAGGUCAACAAGCCUCCUGUCACAAGCACCCUCAGCCAAUACAGAUUUACUAUGGAGACUGCCGAGGAAAGAAGAGCGAAACUGGCAGAUUGGCUGGCCUCCAAGGGCAAGACUUUUAAGAGACCAGCCAUGACAGCAGCAGCACCACCACCCAAAACCAAAGCACCGGUACCUGCAAAACCCAAAGCAGAUCUGAAACCCCAAUCUCAUGUUGAACCUCAGCCUGCUGCACAGUGUGACCCUGAACCUGAACCCAGUCUGGAAGCACAAAAGCCGGACUCUCCUGCUGCUCUCUGUGCAGAUACCCAGGGAGCAGAACUAACAACACACAGCCAAACUCCAGUGAUCAUGAACACCACCCUGGACCUGCUGGAAAUCUCAGAUGUAGAUCUGCCUGUUGACCCGCAGGACAGAGUUGAUGAUAUUGUUGUGAACCUGUGUGAUGCAUUGGAUGCCAUGGAGACGCCCUCUAAAUGCACUGAUGACGUUUCACAGGUGACAGAUGAGUGCAGUAAUGUUGAGAUGGAGGACUGUAAGCUGAAGGAUGAAGGUGAAAAGGUGGAGCUGAAGAAUGAAAUCCCUGAGGAUGUCAGUGAGCAGCCGAAGGACGAGCAAGUGAGGGAUGGAGCAGCAGAAAGUGCUGAACAGAAGGUCAAGACAGAUGAUGUUGAGGAAGUAGAGAGUGAUGAUGAUGAAGACGUGAUGGAGACCACGCCACAGAUGGAGGAUGCCUCAGUUGUAAAAUACAGUGUUAAGACAACUCCAUACUUGCAAAGUGUAAAGAAGACAAUCGAAGACGAGGUCGGCACAAGCGGAUCCAGGCGAAAGAGCAACAUCAAAGAUCUGAAGUUUCUGACUCCAGUGCGACGUUCCUGCCGCAUCCAGCGCAAAUCCUCCCGUCUGCCAUCCAUGCUGGUCGAUCAUGAUCCCUGUGUGUCCUCACUGGCUGAACUGGUGAAGCUGGAUGAUGAUCCCAACGCCUACAUCUACAGAAAAAACCCUGCACUUCUGGAAGAUCUGCCAGACCAGCCCAGGCAGUGAGGGGGACUCUAGAUGGGCACCAUUU